CCCAGCCCCUCUAGCCGGAGAAGGCUCACAGUGUUCCCAUUGCGCUCCGUGCGUCUCGACCAAAGCCCGACUCCUUCACUCUGAAGGCACUGGAGAGGAGCUGAGGCCUGGAGCGGCUGAGAGAAGAGGCUUAUCACAUCCUUCUCCCUUAUGGCUCUGUAGAACACUUUCCAUCACACGUUGGGGAUUGUGGAGGGACGUCGUUUAAUCAUCACCUGAAGUCGCCCGAAGUUUUGUUCACUUUUGUGGGCGACCAUGGAGACGCCAAGGUGUUCCACCAGGUGGAAAACGAAAAAGGGUCUUCUGGACUCCACUGUGACCGCGUUCAUCACUUUUACCCUGGUUCUACAGGCGAGCCGUGUCACAGCAGUGGAUCCAGUCGAUGUGCUCGAAGUAUUAGAAUUUCACAAUACCCCCGAAGGUGUGAGUAAAACAACAGGAUUCUGCGCAAACCGAAGAGCAUCAAAUCCGGACACAGCCUUCAGAAUUGCCAAGCAGGCCCAGAUCAGUGCCCCGACCAAGCAGUUCUUCCCAGGAGGCGUCUUCCCUGAGGACUUCUCCAUCCUGACCACGCUGCGCGCCAAGGCUGGCCUCCAGUCCUUCCUCCUGUCCAUCUACAAUGAGCAGGGGGUCCAACAGCUGGGCAUGGAGCUGGGUCGCUCCCCUGUCUUCCUGUACGAGGACCAGACCGGCAAGCCAGCCCCCGAAGACUACCCCCUGUUCCGCAGCCUCAACCUGGCCGAUGGAAAGUGGCACCGCAUUGCUAUCAGUGUGGAGAAGAAGACUAUCACCAUCAUUGUGGACUGUAAAAAGAAGAUCACCAAGACGCUUGCCCGGAGCGACCAUGGCACCAUCGACACCAACGGCAUCACUGUGUUCGGUACCAGGCUCCUGGACGAGGACGUCUUCCAGGGUGACAUCCAGCAGUUCCUGAUAGUGCCUGACCCCAAGGCAGCUUUUGACUACUGUGAACAUUACAGCCCAGACUGUGACACCCCUCAUGGACAACGCCUGCAGGCCCAGCAACCAGAGGAUGAGUACACUACUGAUGACUUAGACUAUAGUCAGUUCUAUGAUUACGCUGAGGGAGCGACAGACAGUGUUCCAGCGGAAGAGUAUUCUGAACCUCAGCUAAACAAUGUAGAAGGCGACUACUUUACAGAUACUGAGCAUGACUAUGGAACUGUAGAUGGUACACAAACUCAGUCUCCAAUUUCCUCAACUGGACCAAAUGAGGCUGUGGAGGAGAAGGAGGAGGCGGAUGAGGAGGUGGGGGUCGCCGCAGGUGGUGACCUUUACACCGAGGCAAUCCCCGACCCCUACCAGGAGCCCACCGCUACCCCGGAGCCGGGGAAUGCAGAGGAGGCGUACGACUUUAAACAGUACGACCUCAAGGAGUACGACCUGGGCGGGGCCGACAGGAAGGUUUAUGAUUACGGGGCUUAUGACGAGUACGGCACUGCAGCGCUGCCCGACCCCGAGGAGGUGGGGCCUGGGGUCGCCGCGGAGACCGACGUCUCGGAGAGCGCCGUGGCCGGUGCCGGAGGAGUCCUCGGACCCAAGGGAGAGAAGGGCGAUCCGGCCGUCAUCGAACCUGGCAUGUUGAUUGAGGGACCCCCAGGACCCGCUGGCCCAGCUGGUCUUCCAGGACCUUCAGGAUUACAAGGACCACCAGGCACUGCUGGAGAUCCAGGAGACAGGGGCCCCACAGGGCGUGCUGGUCUCUCAGGCGCUGAUGGCAUGCCAGGACCCCCGGGUACCAUGCUAAUGCUGCCUUUCCGCUUCGGUGGCGACGGUGAGAAGGGUCCCGUGGUCUCAGCCCAGGAAGCGCAGGCUCAGGCCAUCCUCUCCCAGGCCAGACUGGCGAUGCGCGGGCCACCCGGUCCAAUGGGUCUGACGGGGCGCUCCGGACCAGUGGGUCUACAUGGUUCUACCGGACUCAAGGGAGAAGGUGGCGACCCCGGACCUCAGGGUCCCAGGGGGGUCCAGGGGCCUUCAGGACAACUUGGAAAAGCUGGCAAGAGGGGUCGAUCUGGAGCUGAUGGGGGCCGUGGAAUGCCUGGAGAGUCAGGUGGAAAGGGGGACCGAGGCUUUGACGGACUGCCCGGCCUUCCAGGAGAGAAGGGGCACAGGGGAGAGUUUGGCCCUAUUGGACCCCCUGGUUCUCCCGGAGAGGACGGACAGAGAGGUGAGGACGGAGAGAUCGGGCCACGGGGACUGGCUGGAGAGAGCGGUCCAAGAGGUCUUCUAGGACCCCGUGGCUCUCCGGGCCCCACUGGACAGCCUGGGGUAGCCGGUGUGGACGGCCCUCACGGCCCUAAAGGAAACAUGGGACCUCAAGGAGAGCCAGGCCCACCUGGGCAGCAGGGCAUUCCUGGGACACAGGGUCUUCCUGGACCCCAAGGUCCUAUCGGACCACCCGGUGAAAAGGGACCCUCGGGCAGAUCUGGGUUAGCCGGCUUACCGGGAGCGGAUGGCCCUCCUGGCCAUCCCGGCAAAGAGGGACCUCCAGGGGAGAAAGGAUCACUAGGUCAGGCCGGGCCCCAGGGACCCAUUGGCUAUCCCGGACCCCGGGGUGUCAAGGGUGCUGACGGUGUCCGUGGACUCAAGGGUGGGAAGGGAGAGAAGGGCGAGGAUGGCUUCCCUGGAUUCAAGGGAGAUAUGGGUCUCAAGGGAGACCGGGGAGAGCUGGGUAUGUUGGGGCCCCGUGGUGAGGAUGGUCCUGAGGGCCCCAAGGGCCGAGCGGGCCCUAACGGAGAGUCAGGCCCCAUGGGUCAUGCUGGUGAAAAGGGUAAACUGGGGGUCCCCGGACUGCCAGGCUAUCCAGGAAGACAAGGGCCAAAGGGCUCAACUGGCUUCCCUGGGUUUGCUGGAGCCAAUGGAGAAAAAGGAGGCAGGGGUGUCGCAGGUAAACCGGGUCCAAGGGGACAGAGAGGUCCGACGGGUCCGCGUGGUGGACGAGGGGCCCGAGGUCCCACAGGCAAGCCAGGCCCCAAGGGGACAGCGGGCAACGACGGCCCCCCAGGCCCACCCGGCGAGAGGGGGCCUCAAGGACCCCAGGGGCCCGUCGGCUUCCCCGGACCAAAGGGCCCACCUGGACCUGCAGGGAAGGACGGCCUGCCCGGACACCCUGGCCAGCGUGGAGAGACAGGAUUCCAAGGAAAGACAGGCCCCCCGGGGCCCGGAGGAGUGGUCGGACCCCAGGGACCCACCGGAGAGACUGGCCCAGUGGGCGAGAGGGGCCACCCCGGACCCCCGGGCCCACCCGGAGAGCAGGGUCUACCUGGUGCUGCUGGCAAGGAGGGGGCAAAGGGAGAUCCGGGCCCUCAGGGGACCUCUGGUAAAGACGGGCCUCCUGGCCUCCGGGGCUUCCCCGGUGAGCGAGGUCUACCUGGUGCCACGGGUCCUGCUGGUCUGAAGGGAGGAGAGGGGCCACAGGGACCCUCCGGCCCCGUCGGCUCGCCUGGUGAGAGAGGUUCAGCUGGACCAGCCGGUCCCAUCGGUCUGUCUGGUAGGAACGGCCCCCAGGGCCCCCCUGGACCUGCGGGAGAGAAGGGCGCACCGGGUGAGAAAGGUCCUCAAGGGCCCGCUGGUAGAGAUGGUGUCCAGGGGCCUGUGGGUCUUCCUGGUCCCGCCGGACCCCAGGGACCCCCUGGAGAGGACGGGGACAAGGGAGAGGUUGGAGAGCCUGGACAGAAAGGAAGCAAAGCUGACAAGGGAGAGCAGGGUCCACCCGGCCCCGCUGGUAUCCAGGGGCCCCUCGGCGCCCCGGGUCCAGCUGGAGCGGACGGAGAGCCCGGCCCCAGAGGACAGCAGGGCAUGUUUGGACAGAAGGGAGACGAGGGUGCGAGGGGAUUCCCCGGACCCCCUGGACCCAUCGGCCUACAGGGUCUGCCCGGACCCCCAGGGGAGAAGGGAGAGAACGGUGACGUGGGCCCUAUGGGUCCGCCUGGCCCCCCCGGUCCACGAGGUCCCCAAGGUCCCAGUGGAGCUGACGGUGCACAAGGACCCCCUGGUGGUGUGGGCAGUAUGGGCUCUGUCGGAGAGAAGGGUGAGCAGGGAGAGGCCGGGAACCCAGGGCCCACCGGAGAGUCCGGAGUCGGAGGACCCAAGGGUGAGAGAGGAGAUAAGGGCGAGGCCGGGCCCCCGGGGUCCGCCGGACCUGCAGGGGCCAAGGGACCGCCUGGAGACGAUGGCCCCAAGGGCAACCCGGGACCUGUUGGAUUCCCGGGAGACCCAGGCCCUCCUGGAGAGGCCGGUGUUGCUGGCACGGAUGGAGGACCUGGAGAGAAGGGAGAGGAUGGAGAAUCGGGCCAGGCUGGACCUCCGGGCCCAUCGGGAGAGGCUGGACCACCAGGACCUCCAGGAAAGAGAGGACCCAAUGGAGCUGCAGGGACCGAGGGCAGGCAAGGAGAGAAGGGCGCCAAGGGUGAGGCUGGAUCAGAGGGGCCUGCAGGCAAGACUGGUCCGGUGGGACCCCAGGGACCCCCUGGGAAGCCUGGCCCGGAAGGUCUACGCGGAAUCCCUGGCCCAGUCGGCGAACAAGGUCUCCCCGGAGCAUCAGGACAGGAUGGCCCCCCUGGACCCAUGGGUCCUCCCGGCCUGCCUGGGCUGAAGGGUGACCCCGGCUCCAAGGGUGAGAAGGGUCAUCCCGGUUUGAUUGGCUUGAUCGGACCCCCUGGUGAGCAGGGAGAGAAGGGAGACCGGGGUCUUCCCGGACCCCAGGGUACACCUGGAAGCAAGGGUGACGGCGGCAUCAGUGGAUCCUCCGGCCCCCUCGGCCCCUCUGGUCCUCCAGGUCUGCCGGGCCCACAAGGUCCCAAAGGGUCCAAGGGUUCAGGGGGUCCCGCUGGUCAGAAGGGAGACACUGGUGUGAUCGGCCCCCCUGGCGCCCCUGGCCCACCCGGAGAGGUGAUCCAGCCCCUUCCCAUCCAGUCGCCCAAGAAGUCAAAGCGCUCCAGCGACAUGCAGGCGGACGCCGCGGGCACCAUCCUGGACUACGGGGAGGGCAUGGAGGACAUCUUCGGCUCCCUCAACAACCUCAAGCAGGACAUCGAGCGCAUGAAGUACCCCAUGGGCACCCAGAACAACCCGGCCCGGACCUGCAAGGACCUGCAGCUCGCACACCCAGAGUUCCCAGAUGGCGAGUACUGGAUCGACCCCAACCAGGGCUGUUCUGGAGACUCCCUCAAAGUGUUCUGUAACUUCACCGCCGGAGGGGAAACCUGCAUCUACCCUGAUAAGAAGUCCAACGGAGUCAAAAUAUCUUCCUGGCCCAAAGAGAAUCCUGGGUCGUGGUUCAGCGAAUUCAAGCGUGGUAAAAUACUUUCCUAUGUGGACUCGGAGGGCAGCUCCAUCAACGAGGUGCAGAUGACCUUCCUCAGACUACUGACGGCGUCGGCCAGACAGAACUUCACCUACAGCUGCCACCAGUCGGUGGCGUGGCACGACCAGGCGGCCGACGGCUACAACCGGGCGCUGCGCUUCUUGGGCGCCAACGACGAGGAGAUGUCCUACGAAAACAACCCGUACAUCAAGGCCCUCUCAGACGGCUGCGCGACGAGGAAGGGCUAUGGAAAGACCGUGUUGGAAAUCAACACUCCCAAGAUCGACCAGGUUCCCAUCGUCGACCUCAUGGUGACGGACUUCGGCGACCCCAACCAGAAGUUUGGCUUCGAGGUUGGACCCGUCUGCUUCCUUGGCUAAAAAACAAAAACACAAACAAGCAAACAUCCACAGAAGAAGAGACAAAAAAAUCAACAAAAAUGAAAAAAACAAGAACUUGACGGGGCCAUCAAAGAAAACUCAAAGACACUUUUUUGGUACGACCAGAACCCCACCCAUAGCCCCCCUCCUUUAACCCCUCCCCUUCCUCUAACCUGACCCCCAGCCUCUAGCUCCAU